AUGGAGCUGAUUACUCAUUCGAACCUACUUGCCUUGUCAUACGAACGGCGGGUGAGGAGGUUCGUUGCGAAGCUCGAAGGUUAUUCGGCAAUGAGGGCGAGAGCGGAGCAGGUCCUUAUUCUUAGGAAGAGGCUCGCCGAUCAUGUUCCCACAAGAAGGACCUUUCCGAGAAGGCCACGGAUGCGAGGAAGAGAAUGA